AUGACAACUCAAUGCGAAUCGGGACAUUCUCUUGCUGUCGAACAUGUGGGGGGAAAUAUCAGGCACAACAAUAAUGAAGAGACAGCAGGCACAGAUUUGGCUCUGGCAGAGCUUGGGGCGGUUGAUUUGCUCCGGCAAGACAGCAGGCCCUCCUUCAUUGUUGAUAUGUCGAUAAGAAACGAGAUUUGUCAACUUCCCGUAGUCUUCACGAAUGAUGCCUUCAAGACUUACGCGAAAUUCAAAAACAUUGCUUCAUGGCUUUCAGGAGAGUCAUGUCAGAGUGGAAGUGCGUUUGUCAAAUGGAUUUAUACUCGGCCUAGCAAGGCAGUCAAUCAAUAUUGGUUCCGGCAUCAAAGAUGGUCUAAGGUUUCAUUAGGAGAUCGGUGGUGUGUGGUUUCCGGGCAUGAGAUGGCAUUUUCGAAAUCAGUACAAGAGGAUGCCGACGCCAUUCAUUGCAAGCACCUUCAAUCGAGACAUGCACAGCAUAGAUUUCCUCCGACUGGAAUCUGGAACCAGAAUUCUAAUUCUCAUUGCCAAAACCACUCCUCCAUUAUGAGGUCACCCGGCUCACAUAACUCAGCUGUAGCUGCUCACUUAUAUUCUACACCCUCUCUAUCCUUUGAGACGCCGUUCGCCAGAUUCUUUUGUAGCAAAGAUUGGUCUUCUACCGCCGUAGAGUCCAUCUCGGAACAGCUCUUAGAUAUGACGAGUGUAAUCUCCAACUUCAGCCAAUUAUCUCCUAUAGGCAUGUUUAUUAUUGAUGCCAAAGAUGGAAGCAUAUUAUUCGCGAAUGAGGCCUGGACAAGAAUCACCGGUGGAACAGUAGAAGAACAUUCGGAUCUAAGAUGGCUCAACUGUUUGAUUGAUGAGGACAGAGAAUUUGUUUUGGAACAAUGGCACACUCUUAUAUCCGAGAAACGUCCAGUUCACUUUGAAGGAAGGUGCAAAACACUCUGGAGACCUCAAGUCCCAGAUCCCGCCUUAUUUGGAGAUGAUGAAGUUUACUACACAUGGGGCGAAUGUAGUGCUGUCCCGCGGCUCAACGAUAAGGGAGAGGUGGAGCAUGUCGUUGGGUGUCUUAGUGAUAUUACACAUAUUAAAUGGGCUGCUCGAGUACAGGAAAUGAGGUUAAAUGAAGCAUUGAAGGAGAAGAAAGAACGAGAAGAAUUCAUGAACAUGACAAGUCAUGAGCUGAUGAACCCACUUUUGGCCACCGUCCAAGCAGCACACACCAUGAUCUCUAGUCUUGAUGAGAUCAACAAAGCUCUUUCUCAUACUCAUGAUAACGUCCUUCAUGAUGACAAUUCAAAGAGUUAUGGGGAGAUUAAGACUAGUGUAAGGCGCAAUAUCGAAAUUGCCAAAAUCAUUCUAGUUUGUGGAGAACAUCAGCGAAAACUGAUGGAGGACGCUCGUAUGAUGUCUAAACUGGACAUCAAUCUGUUUUCAAUUUCACCAGCGCGAACGGAGCCAAUUCGUGUUGUCGAUACAGCUAUGUCUAUGCUCUCUGGAGAAACAUCCAAGUUAGAUAUUAGUAUCCGACUCGAGGUGGACCCCUCCAUGGAAGCUUUGAAUUCGCAAUGGCUUUGCUUCGACCCUUCAAGAUUUCUACAACUACUCCUCAAUCUCCUUACGAAUGCCAACGAAUACACAAAAUCAUCCGAAACUCGAAAUGUAGUGGUGCGUCUUGGAGCCACAACAGGAUCCCCUUACCACAAAGAGAUUGGGCGAGAGAUACAAUACAUACCUCUUCGCACAGCACGAAACGACCCAACUUUGAAAGACGCGUCGGGAACAGGAGAGAUAGUAUACCUUCAUUGCUCAAUUACCGAUACAGGCAAAGGAUUAAGUGAAGCCGAGAGGCAGAUACUCUUUAAGAAAUUCUCUCAAACAUCUUUAAGCACGCACACGCAGUAUGGUGAUUCUAGUCUGGGAUUGUUCAUCUGUCGGGAGCUUGCGGAGUUGCAGGGAGGUGCAAUCGGUAUUGGAUAUACGGAUUCUCAAGCAACGGGUGGCACUUUCGCUUUUUAUAUCAAGACACGGCGAUCCGAAUUCAAACCGGCGGGACUACCGCUGAAGAUGUCGACUGAACCGACUCAGCUGGACGGUCAAUCUUCUGUGGGCGACUUCGAUGUCGAACCUGAUAUGGAUGUUAUUUCUAUGUCUGAGCUGGACUUCUCAGAAUCCGAGAUGGCCGAUGCCGAGGCUCUUAAGUGUCGGGACAAUGGACAUGUUCAUAGUGCUAGCUUUCCCUAG